GACUUACUUUCCUUAUACAGAAGAGAACCAGUUCUAAGGAGGGUGAAAGCUAGUUAUUUUAGGUACCCCCUCCACUUUGCAUAGUUUUAAAGAUGUUUUUAUUCUCUCAGUUUCAACGAUGACACUUGUAACUGAUUCAGUGCUAGGGUGAAAAAGUACUCUGAAGACCACGAUAAUGUUAUAAAAGAAACGUUUCCUCAGUUUAAGAUAGAGGUUUCAGAAACUGGUCAAUUUAGGUCUCAAAAUGGCUAACAAAAUAAUACCAAAACUUUUCUGUAAUACCAUGGCCGUAAUUAAGCUGAGAUUUUAAAUCUCGUUAAUCUCAAUGGGGAGGAGGAAAAAUAGACGGUUAUACAAUUUCCAGUGGAAAUCAGUGGGAUUAAAAGUGCUUAAGUUUGGCUGGAAUGCACUUUACAUACCUUAUGAAGUGUGUCAUAAAAUGACAUAUAACAAUCCUUACAUUUAUUAUUCACUUUUCCAAGGUUUAAUCUUGGAGUUGUUUUUGGAAUUGUAUGUAUAGCCUGAUCCUAUGUAUGUUUAUAGUAGAGCAAAACUCAAGGUGUAAUUUACAUGUAAGCUAAAAUGUGGUUUAAGUGCCACCUAGGCUAAUAUAACUUGUUCUACAAAACAUGCUUUUUUAAAAAAAGUUCUAGCCCAGGGAUGUGUGAAUUGGGCUACUGAGUUGAAUCCUAAACAUACUUCCAAGCUGCAAGUUUUGUUUCUUUCGGAAAUUAUCCAUUCAACCAGUUCAACAAAGGAAGAUUCCAAAUCGAUACCUAGGUCAACCUAGUCCUUUCACACACCCACAUCUUCUUAAACCAGGAGAAGUAACACCAGGAUUAUCACAAGUGGAAUAUGCUCUCCGUAGACACAAGCUGAUGGCUCAGAUACAGCAAGAAGUGCCAGGGCCAGAUCACACAGUAAUUCUGCUUUCAAACCCCACGUACUACAUGAGCAAUGAUAUUCCAUAUACCUUUCACCAGGACACUAACUUCCUAUAUCUGUGCGGGUUUCAAGAACCUGAUAGUAUCUUAGUGUUGCAAAGUGUGCCUGGCAGAUCUUUGCCAUAUCACAAAGCUUUACUAUUUGUUCCAAAACGGGACCCAAGCCGAGAGCUGUGGGAUGGGCCACGAUCUGGCACUGAUGGAGCAAUGGCUCUCACUGGUGUGGAUGAAGCAUAUACCAUGGAAGAGUUUAGACAUCUGAUAUCUAAAUUGAAAGAUGAAUCUUGCAUGGUUUGGUAUGAUUUUGCUAAACCUGUGCAUCCACAGCUCCAUUCUGAUUAUCUGCUACAUCUGGCUGAGGUCAAAGCUAGAAGCAAUAACCGUAUUCGUGCUGUCCAGCAUCUAGUGCAAAACUUACGGCUGAUCAAAUCUCCUACAGAGAUUGAGAGGAUGAAAUUUGCUGCCAAAGUCACAUCACGGGCAUUCAUAGAGACAAUGUUUACAAGUAAAGCUCCAGUGGAUGAAGCAUUUCUGUAUGCUAAGUUUGAAUUUGAGUGCCGGGCUCGUGGUGCUGACAUUUUAGCUUAUCCUCCUGUGGUUGCAGGUGGCAACAGGUCCAAUACCUUGCAUUAUGUGAAAAACAACCAACUUAUCAAGGAUGGAGAAAUGGUUUUAUUGGAUGGAGGAUGUGAAUACUCUUGUUACGUGAGUGACAUUACCCGCACUUGGCCCAUCAAUGGCAGGUUCACUAGUCCCCAAGCAGAGCUGUACCAAGCUAUACUGGAAGUCCAAAAGUCAUGCCUAAGAGUUUGUUCUUCAGGUGUGAGCCUAGAAAACAUCUACAAUUUAAUGCUAACUCUCAUUGGACAGAAGCUAAAAGAGUUGGGAAUCCUAAAGGAAAGCACUAGUGAGAGCCACGUCUUCAAGGCUGUUCGGAAAUACUGUCCACAUCAUGUAGGGCAUUAUCUGGGAAUGGAUGUUCAUGAUACACCUGAUGUAUCCCGAUCAACCCUCCUCCAGCCAGGCAUGGUGAUCACCAUUGAGCCAGGCAUCUACAUACCUGAAGAUGAUACAGGUGCCCCUGAAAGAUUCCGUGGCAUUGGAAUACGCAUUGAAGAUGAUGUGGUGGUGACAGAGAAUGCACCAUUAAUCUUGUCUGCAGAUUGCCCAAAAGAGAUCUAUGAUAUUGAACAGGUCUGCAGCUGCAGCCUUUGAUUGUUCUUCACUGCCUUUUAUACCUUGCUCAGGUUUAGAUUGGAUACAUAACACAGAUAUAUAUAUAUAUAUAUACAUAUAUGUAUGUAUGUAUGUAUGUUAGAUAUAUAACACAGUUCUUCAUAACGCAGUUAUAAGAUUGCUUAAUUUGAUAGAAUCACUAAUAAAAACUACUACUUGCAAGGAACUAUGUAAAUAUUUUGGAGAGCACAAUUACAAUAUUUAAAUGGGAAAAAUGUACAUUGCUAUUCAACAUGUAUUUUAAAGUUAUGUUAAUACUAAAACAAAGCAGAUGAAGAAACAGAAUUCUGCAUCCCAGCAUCUCAUCUAUUUUUUUCUGUGCAUAUACUGUAGUAAUAUUAUUUACAGAGAUGUAUUGAAUAGCAGCUGCUAUUUCUCAGACUGUGUAUAUGUGUGUCCAUAACAGUUAAAUUUCAGCUUUAAUCUUUUAUUUUAGUUGUAAGAGCUGAAAAAAAAAAGUGUUUUCAGGAUACAUACAUUUCCAGUGUAUGAAAGGAGAGCAAAGCCUCCACGAAAACCUUGAAAUUAGAGGGGUUUUUUUCUUUUUCAGAAGAUACAAGAAAGGCUGUAUUAUUGGGAAAUACAUUAAUGUAAAAAUGGGGGUAUUAAAUAUAAAAGACAGUUAAAAACAAAUCCCUGUGCAGAAUUAGGUGUGACAAAACUUUUGAUCAAAAUGUGUUUAAGCACCCAGUCCUGCAUGCAUUGAUGACUGAGCUUUAGUAAUUAAAAAAAUGUCAGUUUUAGGUUAAUAAUAAUAAUAUGAACUCAUUUGGUAAACACACAGUGAAUCAGACUAGAUUCAAAAUGAUUAUCAGUGGAGUUUUGAUUACUGUAUUUUUCUUCUUUAUGUAUUCAACCUCUCAUAGGGGAUGUGAACACAGAAGCACUUUAGGAUCCAAACUAUGGAAAGUACAGCAUUUAUAUUAAAUUGCCAUUUUAUUUUAUUGUAAACAGCCCAGAGUCGCUCAUUGAGUGAGAUGGGCAGUGAUUAAAUUUGAAAUAUAAAUAAAUAUAAAUAAAUAUUUUUUUCUUGACUAAAAUACAUAGAAAUGGUAACCCAGAAAGUAGUAAGGCUCCAAUUCUGUAUAUUGUGGAGAAAUCUGGCAAGUGAUAUAAGACUAUAUAUUUCUGAGCUGCUGCAAAGCAUCAGGAUUUUUUAUUUGAAAUUCUUACAGAGUAUUCUGACUAUUUUGAGGUUGAGGUCUUAAUACCACAUACUGUAUUAUCAGAGGAUCAAAACAAAGAUUAAAUUGAGAAAUCAACAACUUUCUUACAAGUAGAAACAUAAAAAUAAGUACACAAAUAAGUUAACAAAUGUGAUUAAAGCUUGGUAAUCCUUUAGUUGGGUCAAAUCAAAUUGUUUACUAAGGAAUUUUUAUAAAAGGUGAAAUGUUACAUAAUUAUCUGUUGAAUGCAUUUUGUGAAGCGUUUUUUGCAUUUUUGAAAGAAAGAUAUUGUAUAUGUACAGUGUAAUUAUUACAGAUGUAUAAUAUACAAAAAGUAUUUUAUUCUACUAAAAACAAAAAGA